AUUAGUUUAAUAAAUUAAAUAAGAAUUUGACGAAACCGAAAUCUCUGCUUUUUUUAAUCUCUUGCCUUGGCUUCUAAAUGCUUCAUUGAUUGUCUUCGCCUGGUUCAUUCUGUUUGUUUCCCACAAUGACCAUGCAUUGAGAUUUUCCCUGUCUGGUUUUCUCGGGAAUCAAACAGAAGACAGACGUUUUUCUCUUCUAUUUAUUAGGGUUUUUGUUGUUAUAAGAUGACAUAUUACGGUGACGACACAGUGGUGCCACAGCUCGGGAUGAGAGUGGAGGCUCAUAGUGAUGAUGGAGGUGACAGCAAAGGGGAGUUUGUGAAAUUGAGAGAUUGUGAGGUGGAGGAAUGUGGGCAUAUUGCGGCAACAGAAGGGUCUAGUUUCUGUCUCUGGAGAUGGAGAGGGUCUGUUGUAUGGUAUUGGGUCAAGUUGGCUUUGUUGUUUACUUGUUUGGGAUUAUUGGCUGCUGUUUUCCUCAAAUGGGUUGGUCCAUUUUUCAUGGACAAGGAGCUCAUCCCUAUCAUUAAUUGGGAGACAACAACGUUUAGCACUCCAGUUCUGGCAAUUCUGGUCUUUGCUUCCGUGGCAUUGUUUCCCACCCUACUUUUGCCAUCUACUCCUUCUAUGUGGGUAGCUGGGAUGACUUUUGGUUAUGGCUUUGGAUUUCUAUUAAUUAUAUCUGCAGCAGCCGUGGGUGUAUCACUUCCAUAUUUCAUUGGCUCACUGUUCCUUCAUAAAAUUCAAGGGUGGUUAGAAAAAUAUCCAAAGAAAGCUGCCAUUCUGAGAGCAGCUGGCGAAGGAAACUGGUUUCAUCAGUUUCGAGCUGUAACAUUAAUCAGGAUUUCUCCAUUUCCAUAUAUUUUAUAUAAUUAUUGUGCUGUUGCCUCAAAUGUUAAGUAUGGUCCUUACAUCUUAGGAUCAUUGGUAGGAAUGGUGCCAGAGAUUUUUGUUGCAAUCUACACUGGCAUCCUUAUACAGGCCUUGGCAGAUGCUUCAAAUGAUCAGCACUCGCUUUCAGCUCCACAAAUUGUUUUCAAUGUCAUUGGUUUCUGUGUAACAGUGGCCACCACUAUAAUUUUUACAGUAUAUGCAAAGAGGCAGCUCAAGGUAUUGCAAGACGAACCACUACUGGCAUAGCUUGUGAAUAUAGUUUGAGUCAGGGGAAUGCUCUCUGCCAAUUGCGGUAUCUUAUUCAAGCAUAAUUGGAGCGGAUGAGGUUUUAUUUUAUUGAACAACUUCAUCCAUUGAAGGUGUUCUGGCAUGACAAUUUCAAUGGUUCUUUACAGACAUUGUUGAAGGGGACACGUCUAACAUGGUAUAGACUAGAGUCAGCUUGUUAUUCUUAUUUUCUGUUUUCACAUUUAUCUCUCUUUCACUUCUUUAGGUCUCCAUUUCUUUUCGAUUGUUAUUUGUAUAUGAUUGAAAUUUGCCUUGAAAAGGUUAAAUUGGAUUUGGGGGAGGUUUGUUGCUUGUAAAUAAAAUAUAUAAAGUUAUUGAAUUGUGUAGUGAAACAUAUUUUAUAAUGCUGAAACUUAUGCCAUUUUUUAUUGUAAAA